GUAGCCAAUACAAAAAUCAAACAUAUUUAUUUUUGAAUUAUCAAGUUUUAUCACUUGAUAAUUUUAAAUUGCAAAAAUAGCGACUUCAAUUGACAAACCACAAUCAAGGCAUUCGUCAAGGAUGACGGCAAGACCAUAUGAGCCACCACCGGAUUAUCCUAUGAUAGAGCAGAGAUGGCCGACAACUGUCAGGAAUAGCUCAAUUCAUCCACACGUUUCUUCCGCUCAUCCGUCUUAUAGAAGUCACUCUAUUGACGCUGCUGUUAACAGAAGUUCAUCCGCCUGCUUUCAUUCACCACAUCGUCCAUCCUUCCCGUCUCGAGGUCUUCAAAAAUACGACUAUCCAAUUUGUGGAGUAUCGCCUUCCAGACAUCUGUCAUACAAUCAUUUUUAUAACCAAUCCGCAGCUGAAAUCGAAGAGAUGCUGCGAACACGACAAUUUCCGGAGAUCGCCGGAAUCUAUGGAAACGAUGAACAACCAUCUCUAAGAAGAUUUACACGAUAUAAUCAGUCUAUUAACUCAAGAGCAGUUCCACCUCCCGCACCGCCAAAUCCACCUAAAAUGGAAAAGCAUAUGUCACACGAUACCAGUGGUCGGGGGUCCAUUUUUUCGAAAAGCUCGAAGAAGCCUUUAUUCUUCAUGGGCAACUGGACCUUCCGGGAUCGAAACAAAUCAGCUCGUCCGUCAAUCAGUGAGGCACUCCGAGAGGAACGACCUCAAAGUAUGAACCUAUCAGAUAUUAAACCAGCGACACGAAGUAAAAGUGGUGAAGUAUUAGGUCCACGCAAUCAUAUACACAUUGAGUCAAUCACGGAGUUCCCCAGAAAUAUUGAGACUCGAGUUCCGGUAAAGAUCGAAAGGAGUUCAAUGGUGAGAAGGAAACCGUCGAAUAUGGGAGGAUCAACAGAAGUGUCCAUAACGAGUAGUAGUCCUAGUCCAUCCUCAUCAUCAUCUACAUCAACCGGAGAAUUCAAAACGACGAUUACGGUGGACGAUGACCAUCAACCAACUGCAGUAAUGAGACCGAAAAAAGAAUCCGAUACGAGAGGAACAUUGAAUAACAAUCGGUACAGCUUUCAGUCAUGUGUUCAACUCCGGAAAUCGUGUCCAGACCUUGACAGUACUGCGAUGAGCAACAUGGAACAACACCGGGUAUCAAAGAAACGAACUCGGCGAGCAAAGGAGAAGAUGUCACAAGCCGCGUGGAAACGGAAAACUGUUAAAGAAUGGAGUUUGGAUGACGUGUUGCUAUGGUUGCAGUCUGCACAGAUGGAUGAUGUGGCUGGGUUACUGAUUGGUUAUGAUCUUAGAGGAGAAGAUUUGCUUCAGUGGAAUGACCAAACUUUAGCUCAACUCGGCGUAUCCAAUCCUGAAAUCCGCAAAAAGCUGCUCGACGAUCUUUCAAAAAUCAUAGAAAAUGGUCCAGAGCCUGCACAAGAAGAUAUUCGAAAUAAUCAUAGAACACUCUUCGACAUAGUAAAACAAACUAGUUAUGAUCAGGUCUUAGCAGUAGAGACACCACUUACGACACGUGACAUUACAGUAACCCAUGGCAGACUUGGAUGUUUACAAAUUACAAAAGUCAAUGGAGCAAACUUGCCAUUGAAGGAACAUGAUUGUCUUUUGGAAAUUAAUGAGCGUGCUGGAGAACAAUUCAAAAGUGCAUUAAUGCUGACAAAAUUGAUUUCUGAUUCCAACGGAGCUGCAAUUCGAUUUGUGGUGCUCCGAAGGAAAACUAAUUUGGUGGUUGAAGAAAGUCAGCAGAAGGAGUCAUCGAGUAGUGGAAUCUCAUCAAGUCCUCAAACUCCAACGGAAUAGUUGUUAUUUGUUACUACAUAUUGAUAGAUUGCUUUACAAUUCUGCUCUUAUUCUUUAAAUAUUGUUUUUUUUUCUCAAAAACCAAUAUUCUUCACUCUCCCAUAAUUUGCAACAACGCUUCUAACUCGGAAACUGGUGACAUUUUCUCUACUUUUCAUCAUUGUAAGAUUAUUCCAUGUACACUUAAAUUCUCGUUUACAUAAUAAAAUUAAAUAUUU